AUGGUCAUACUACUCACCAUCUUACACACCAUCUACUUUGCAGAAGGAAGAUUACUUAACGUGAAUGCAAUAUCCAAAGAAGUUUCACCGGUACAAUCGGAACCUGCCAUGUUCAUCGCCGAUGUCAUUAGAUCCUUCAACUGGACAUCACUCUGCAUCCUGCAUGACACUUCGUCAGGAUAUACAGUAGCAUCGCUGCACUCUGCCAUGGCGUCAAAGACAACUUCCUGUAAAAUCCUGGACUUCAACAUUGACGAAACAGAUGUGAAUGACGUCCUGAAGACAGUGAACGUCAUCAUGUCUCCAUCCAUCAACAUAGAGGUGGAUAUGGUUGCAUCUGGUUUAACGAUUUCUGAUGACAGAGCAGCUGUGAUGGAUUACCUUCUUCCCCCAUUUAUCACCGCCUACACGCGUGUCAUGUACAGGGAACCGGACGUCGACCAGUACAGAUGGCUGUUGCUGUUGAAACCUUUCAAACAAAUGGUGUUCGUGGUGUUCGGGGUGUGCGUGGUUUGUGUUCUUCUAAUUUAUGGAGUUACAGAAUUGCAUCUAAGACAUGGAACUCCUGGAGAUACAUUAAAAACGAAAAAAGAAAUCCUGUCGAACAUGUCAUGGUUUAUUCUUGGAUCAAUGCUGAAACAAGGUAGUACCUACACAUUCACCGGUGUAUCUGGUCGGGUUCUAACAUUUUUCCGGUGGAUCUUUCUCAUUGUCAUCACGUCUGUCUACACUGGAAAACUUGUCGCCUUCCUGUCUGUGAAGAAGUCCGAACCUCCACCAUUCAGCAAUCUCCAGGAACUCUCUGAAAGACUUGACUACACGAUAGGAUUCCCGACUGAAGGUUUUGCUCGAACAUAUUUCCAGAAUUCCAAGAGGGAGGACAUAAAACAAUUAUGGAAAAUGGUCCAACAACAACACGUGACUGAUCCUCGAGUUUUCUCGACUGACUACAACUACCAUGUCAAUGAAAUGAAGAAAGGAAAAUAUGCCGCCAUUGUAUUCACUAUCAUCUCCGAUGUCUUAAUGGCCAAGAACUGCAAACUCGCCUACCUCAGGGACUGGGCCUUGUAUGAACAGAUGGCUUUUGGAGUCCCUAAAUCCUCGCCCUUGAAGAUGCACAUGCUGGUGGACACUGGGUGGCCAGGAAAAUGGAUGGAUGAAUUUGGCUGGCUGGUUGACAAAACUGGAUGUGACUCUGAGAAGCUUGUGACGCCAGUGACACUUGACGAGGUUGGCGGAGUCGGAACAGCAGUAGCAGCCGGUGUGGGCUUGGGACUUCUGACACUGGCUCUAGAAUGUCUCUAUCAUUAUUGCAUAGGGUCACAGUAUGGAAAUGAAACCUAA